GGAUGCCUGGGAGUUGAUGUACAUAUAUAUUCAGAAAUGUUUUGCCACCUGAGACCUGUGAGAAGGUCAUGUCUAGAGAAGAUAUUUCCACACUGGUUUCUCUCCUCAAGAGCUUUAUCAGGAGCUGAAGCAGUCAAUGCCUUGAGGCCAUUCUAUUUUGCAGUACAUCCAGAUUUCUUUGGACAGCACCCCAGAGAAAGGGAAGUCAAUGAAAAUUCUCUUAAGAGAUUAAGUGUCUACUUAGAAAACCUCCAGAAACCAGGCUUCAAGUCUUUGAAACCAACUCAGCUUACAUUUUAUGUAAGAGAAACAGAGCAGAAUUCCUCUGAAGGCCAGGAACCCUUUAGCACUUCCGGAUUUCGAGCAGUCAAAUUUACUUUGCACACCAGAGAUCUGCUAAGCACAGUAUUGUAUAUUCUCAACUCCUGCAGUUUAUCUAUUGAACAUAUCCAAAGCUUGAAUACUAAUGUGCGUUCCCAGCCUCUCAAGGAGGCUACAAGGAUGUCUGACAGGCCCAUCAAGUGGGACAAAUCUUAUUACUACUUUACUGGAUUUAAGGACCCUCAUGAAGACCUCGAACAAGUCUCGAGAAUGGAAACAACCCUAACAUCCUGGCUAGAUAGCAAUGGGAAAAGUGCAAUUAAAAAACUGAGGAACAGUUUGCCACUUAGAAGAGAACUAGAUCGUUUAAAAGAUGAUCUGUCUCAGCAGCUGCAGCUCUCAGACAUCAGGUGGCAGAGGAGCUGGGGCAUCGCCCAUCGCUGUAGCCAGCUUCAUAGUUUAGGCCGCUUAGCACAGCACAACUUGGAAACACUUAAAAAUGCAAAAGGAUGUACAAUAAUAUUUACAGACCGAUCCGGAAUGAGUGCAGUGGGCCAUGUGAUGCUAGGAACAAUGGAUGUCCAUCAUCACUGGACAAAACUUUUUGAAAGGUUACCAAGUUAUUUUGACCUUCAGAGGAGGCUGAUGCUUUUAGAAGACCAAAUAAGCUACCUCCUCGGAGGUAUACAAGUGGUUUAUAUCGAGGAAUUGCAACCAGUAUUGACGCUUGAAGAGUAUUACUCUCUUCUUGAUGUGUUCUAUAAUAGACUGGUGAAAAACAGAAUACCCUUUCACCCUCGAAGUCUGCGUGGUUUACAGAUGAUCCUUAACAGUGACAGAUAUGCUCCAAGCUUGCAUGAACUCGGGCACUUUAACAUCCCAAGCCUCUGUGACCCAGCAAACCUCCAGUGGUUUAUCCUUACCAAAGCCCAGCAGGCAAGAGACAACAUGAAAAGAAAAGAAGAGUUAAAGGUUAUUGAAAAUGAAUUGAUACAGGCUUCAACGAAAAAAUUUUCUCUGGAAAAGUUUUAUAAGGAGCCCAGCGUUUCUAGUAUACAAAUGGUGGAUUGUUGUAAGAGACUUCUAGAACAGUCACUGCCUUACCUACAAGGGAUGCACCUCUGCAUUUCACAUUUUUAUUCUGUUCUUCAAGAUGGAGACCUUUGUAUUCCUUGGAAUUGGAAGGAUGGAGAAGCCAUUAAGUAACACAGAAAUCUGUGUUAUUUUUGAAGAGCUAAGAAACUGUUAAACUAAUUUAAAUCCACAAUUUGAUAUAACAGUAUUAUUUACAUAUUACAAGAACGAAGUUUCUAACUGCUGCUCUAAAAGUAGAACUUUUUUUAAAAUUAAUCUCUGCUA